AUGGAUGUGAAUAAUCGAAGGGCUCUGGCUCGGGCCCGGGCUCGGGCUCGGGCUCGGGCUGGGGCUAAAUGGGCUGAAAAUACCGCCACCACCGGAGUUGUCGCCGGAUCUCCUGACGGAGUUGUCGCCGGAGCUCCUGCCGGAGUUGUCGCCGGAGCUCCUGCUGGAGUUGCCGCCGGACAUGCUGCCGGAGCUAUAGAAUAUGUUGAUUGGCGGACUCAACUUGCACCAGAUAGUCGUCAAAGGAUUAUCAACAAGAUAAUGGAGACCUUAAGCAAGCAUCUUCCUGUCUAUGGCCAAGAAGGAUUACAGGAGCUUGAGAUGAUUGCAGUGCGGUUUGAGGAAACGAUCUAUGCUAAUGCAAUAAGUCAACAAGAUUACCUGCGGAAAAUAUCUUUAAAGAUGCUGACCUUCGAGGCAAAACCUCAAAAUCCUAUGACCAAUUCUCUACAUCCCUAUCCUGCAAAUAGUGGUUGGAAUGCCCAUGGCCCAGUGAUGACGAUGGGAGCUACUACCUAUGAAACUACUUCUGGGCCGGAGGUGAGUGACAAGGAGCAAUCAACAGAAGAGGAAGGUGGGGACGUGUCAAAGGAGGAUAGUGUAGAGGAGGUGGUGGUUACAAAAGAGCAAAACAAUGUUGUUGGACACAAAGAGAAUGUCAAAGUUGGGGAAAGUGAGAUCUCUUGUGGAUUGAGUUCUGGUGCUAAACUUGAUGAGCGUUUAUCGCAAGUUGAGGAACGAUUAGAGAAAAUGGAGGCUCAUUCGGAAAAGGUGGAGACAUUGUUGGUUGAUAUUAACGAAAAAUUGAAUCAUUUAGUGAAGAUGCAGGAUAUUAAAGUUUCUAGGGACAUUAAACGUCCAGCUAAGUACAUGAGCUCCUCAUGGACCGGUAAUGGUCGACAAAAGAGGAAACAUAGAGUAGCUGAGAUGAUAAGGCAGUCGUGCAAGCAUCGACGAUUGGGAAAAGGUGCAAUAGCGAAGUAGUUUCACCAGUUGCUUUGCAUGAACAUUGUGUCGAAAAUGACCAAUGUUAGAUGAUGAAAGUACAAAAAAAUUGAUGAUAAUUACUUAUGUUUUUUCCUUCCUUUCUAGACUCUUAAGAUUGUUAUGACUAGCACAAUCUGUAAUAUAAAUCUAUCUCUCAUGUUUUAUUUAAGUGAUCUCUUUUGCAUCGUCAU